AUGAAUGUAACUUGUGGUGAUUCGAAUGGCUCCCAGAAACUGAAUGGUGAUGGAAAAUUGGGCAGAGAGAGGACUGUCCCAGCUCAUUCCAUCGAUGCCAUUCUGGGUCUCAAGUAUCAGCAAGAAGGACAUGCGAAUAGCAAAGGACCGGACAAGUUCGUGGAAAUGCAACUGAAGGACAAGAUCAGUCCGAUGCAGUUUUUCCAGAACGAAGAAGAAGGGAAGAGGAAGGCCAAUGAUAAAAGCUCGGAGUCCUCUUCGGCCGGGGGUGCGGACGAGUGGUUGUCCGGCGGCAAGGGCGACGCCUCCCGCCAACACAAGAAGCACCGCCGCAACCGCACCACCUUCACCACUUACCAGCUGCACGAACUGGAGCGAGCCUUCGAGCGCUCACACUACCCGGACGUCUACAGCAGGGAGGAGCUGGCGGUCAAAGUUAACCUGCCCGAAGUGCGGGUGCAGGUCUGGUUCCAAAAUCGUCGUGCCAAGUGGCGUCGCCAGGAGAAACUGGAGAACCAAAGCGCCCUUCGCGGCCUCGGUCCGAUGAGCUCCAGCCUCCUCGGCCCCGGCUCCCGGUCCCAGUCUCCCAUCGGCAACAACACGCCCCUGAUCGGCAACCCCCCGUCCGGCCACGCGCUCAGCUCAGCCACCCCGCUCCUCUUCGACCCAUGGCUUACCCCGGCCUCCCUGCUGGGGCUGCGACUGCCCGGACUCCCCGGAUUCCAGCUCCACACGGUGUACCCGAGCUACUUGACUCCCGCCAAUCUGUCGCCAGGCCAGCAACAAGUGGUGGGGGACGGAAGCAAGGCGAAAACAUCCCCGCUCAACUUGUCGGCUGAUCCGGAAGACGAGGAUGAGGAAGAGGGGGAGGAGAGAUCGAAGGAUCCCAGGAGUUCCAGCAUCGCCGUUCUGAGGCACAAAGCCAAGGAACACCUGCAGGUCAUCAGCAAGUGUCACGUGACAUGA